CACGGGUUGAGCCCUUGUUACAGGACAGAAGAAAAAAGCAGUUUCUGGUCACGCGACUGUUCAUAUUCAUGUAGAAAUGCUCAGACGCGGUCUAAAAUAAGAAACUUCCCCCAAUUUCAUUGCUCUUCUUUUUCUCUGGGUAUGGCUAGGUGCUGAUGGUACAGGAACUCAAGGUGUUAGGGCAGACCAACCGGAAUCUCCUCAAUAUGUUGUUGCCAAUGCUCGUAAAUUCAAAUUAAGAGAGCUAAUUGCUGCCACUGAUAACUUCAAUCAAGAGCAUUUUUUAGGGGAAGGAAGAUUGGGACAUGUGUAUAAGGGUAUUCUCGAAGACGGCCAGAAAGUUGCUGUGAAAAAGCUUACAAAGAAUACCCAACAAGGACGUGCAGAAUUUCGAGCUGAGAUUCAAAUGCUCAGCGGACUUGAGCAUUCUAACAUCGGCAAGCAGAUUGGCUACCAUGAUAAAGGGAGCGUUCUAUUUAUCGUUUAUGAGCUAAUGCCGUCACAGUCGCUGGAUCUUCAUUUAUAUGAGCAUGAAAUCGGCAAGAAGCCUCUAGACUGGAAGACCAGGAUGAAGAUAGCAGAGGGUGUUGCCAAGGCUUUAAAGUAUUUGCAUGAUCAAAAGGAUCCUCCUAUAAUCUAUGGAGACCUUAGACCAUCUAAUAUUUUAAUCGAUGAAAAAUUUAAUCCGAAGCUGUCCAAUUUUAGUACUGCAAAACCUGGUCCUGCUUGGAAUUGCCGCGGUGCUUCUGGAAAGGUGAUGGGCACAUUAGGUUAUGGUCCUCCAGAACACGUUAUGACCGGCAUGCUCACUAGGGAAUGUGAUAUCUACAGAUUAGGUGUUGUUUUGCUCGAAUUGAUCACUGGGCGGAAGGCAAUUCAAAAAAACCUGGCUUCUCGAGAGCGCGCUGUUGUUUUAUGGGCACGACCAUUUCUUGAGACUAAAAACUUCUCACAGAUUGCUGACCCAGUCUUGGGAGGAUGUUAUCCAAGAGAAGGACUUGCUGCAGCUCUUACUGUCGCCGAAAUGUGUAUACAAGAAGAUGCUAGCAAGAGACCUCCUAUAGCAAAAAUUGUGACUCUUCUUUCAGAUGUACUCUCAAAAGAUGAAGGUGAAUCAUGGGAUAAAAAAGAAGCUUGAUACAUUCAAACAUCCUUUCCUGUAGUAAAUUUGCUCAUCUUUUUUCUCAUCCGGUCAUAACGGUAUGCUGGAAGGUUUUCUGUAGGUAAUCAGUACUUUUUAUGUUUUAGAUAAAUACUUCUUUUUUUUGUUUUUUGAUACACUCGGAUUGAACUCGGUCUGGCUGGGUUGGUGAAUGGGAAUGUUUCCUGAAGUUUUAUAGCUUACUGAAGGAGUUUGAAUCA